GCCGUAAUGGUUGGUGUAAUGGCGCAAGACAGAUUUGAAGAACGCUUGUUGUAUCGAGGGGCGCUUCCUCGGAGAAAAAUCUGAACAAAGCGAAGUUCGGCUCGGUUGGGGGCGGGGCCUCGAGUGUCGGCUGUAGUUUCUCCUCUCCGUYGUAUGUUUCUGUCGCAGAAAGUAGAACAUGCCUGAAGCGUGACAGUAAACUGGUUCUACUGGAGGAGAGGAGGAGGGGGAGGAAAGGUAAAUGAGACCCAAAGAAAAAAUCAAAAAGUCCCACCUGGACAUGGAGCUCGACUCUGCCGCUGCCAUGAAGAACAACACGGGAGGAAAGUUCAACCGAGUCUGAGGAGGAAAAAACACCGAAAGUCCGUCAGUGUGCAGCAUGGCUCGUCGCUCCCAGUGCUCGUCGGCCGGGGACAACCCCCUGGACCCAAACUACCUGCCCCCCCACUACCGGGAGGAGUACCGGCUGGCCGUGGACUCGCUGGUGGAGUGCGGUCUGGACGGGUACUACGAGUUCCUGCAGAAAGCGGACGUGGUGGACUUCCUGUCCACGUCCGAGCUGCAGUACAUCCAGAGCUGCGCGCAGGCCCCGAGGCCGAGCGGCCGCCCCGAGCAGCAGCCCAUGUUCCUGGACGGCGGCGGGGGAGACGGCUCCUCCGACACCUACUGGCCCGUCCACUCGGACCUGGACGUCCCGGGUCUGGACCUGGGCUGGCCUCAGGUGCACGCCUUCAUGGAGCCCACGGAGGUCACGACUCUGGUGAACCCUCCUGAGCCGGACAUGCCGAGCAUCAAGGAGCAGGCCCGGCGGCUCAUCAAGAACGCUCAGCAGGUGGUUGCGGUGGCGAUGGACGUGUUCACCGACGUGGACAUGUUCGCGGACAUCCUGAGCGCGGCGUCGAGGCGCGUGGCCGUCUACAUCCUGCUGGACGAGCAGAACGCUCAUCACUUCGUCAGCAUGGUGACGAACUGCAGGGUCAACCUGGACAACUUUCAGUUUUUACGUGUGAGGACCGUGUCUGGGAUCUCAUAUCGCUGCCGCUCGGGCAGAUCCUUCAAAGGUCAGAUGAUGGAUCGCUUCCUGUUGACGGACUGCAGGGCCGUGCUGAGUGGAAAUUACAGCUUCAUGUGGUCCUUCGAGAAGCUGCACCGCUGCAUGGCACACCUCUUCCUCGGACAGCUCGUCACCACCUUCGACGAGGAGUUUCGGAUCCUGUUUGCUCAGUCCCAGCCCCUCAUCGUGGAGAACGUGCUCGCUCCGAUGGAGGAUUUAAACUUCCUGCAGCAGAAACAGUAUUUCAACGAGAGCGCCGCGCCGCACAGAGACCCCAGGAAGUUUUUGACCCCGGACAGCGGUCAUCCCGACGAGUGGGAACGACAUUCGUAUGACAAGCGAAUGGAUGGGGAUUGGAGGAUGAUGGCUAUGAAAAAGCAGGAUUCUCUUCGUGGCCCUGCUGAUGUCUACAGUAGGUUUGGUUCCCAUCAGGCACACAUGGACCCGGGUUUCGAUCAGGGACCCGCCCGGAUGUUAAUGACUGAAAAUGCUGCCUUCAAACGUCACUCCUACGCCGAAGGGGUUCAUGGCAGAUACUCCAUGCCUUUCAUGCAGGGAAUGCCAGAGCCUGAGCCUAAAGGGAAGGUUUUCCACAGAGGCCAACAGCCGUACCCAGGACCAGAACCAGACCACAGUGCCUACGACCGGUUCUGGAAUCAAGACUAUCCACCAGUAGAGCAAUACCCCGAACCUUAUCCGCCACAGGAGGUUCCCCCGCAGGACUUCGACCCAGUCCUGAACUAUUUGUCAUCUACCAGGAAUCUAGACUUUGACCAAAGCUCUGAGAAGUUCCYGCCAGCAGUGGAUUUGCCGUAUAUCUCGCCCCGUUCCAAGAGACGAGGUUUAGCCCAGCCGUACCCCUAUCAGACCUCCCCUACCCCUUCAAACUCGGCCGAGCAAAAUCAGUUUCUCCAAGAUCCCGCCGUUAGCCGCAAGGACCCUGCUGUGAAGCAGGGGCUGAGGAACUGGAGGAUCAGCUCGUACCUGAGCGCGUACGAGAAUCCAGAAGAAGAGGGCUUGCCAUCGGUUUCGCAGCAGGGCCCGGAUGCUUUCGAUGAGCCACCCAGACCCGUGCAGCCAACUGCACCAGGGAUGGAUUUAUUGGUUCCCAAAAUGCCUUACKUUAAAGAGUUCAAGACCCCUGCCAUACCCAGACCUAGCCAGAUGCCAAGUUACGCCAAAGGGACUCCUCAAGAGAAACCAAAGCUCUUUCUGGAUGAACCUGUGCCGGCGCCAGUAGAGAUCAAAGUAACGCCAACACCUUCAGAAUCGUCAGCUGAUGGAGAAAAGACAGAGGAGCCAAAAGUUGCUCUGCUUACGAGGGAGGACUCCUUCAGGAGGCAAUACAAUGCUGCAGCACAGAGGAGCUCCAGGUUAAGGUCUUCUCUGAUCUUCAGUUCCUUGGAUCAGCAGCAUGAAGCUGAUCAACCCGACGAAGAGAAAAAUAAAACUGAACAGACUAAACUGUCCUUCGCUCCUCAUGUUUCACGACAAAGAAAAUCCACCCCAAGAGAACCCCUUGAAUGGAUUCGCUUCAUGAAACCGACGGAGACGUCCAAAGCAGACGAUAAAGAUUCAUUAAAGGAGGCGGAGUCAAAGGAUCCUUCAGAAAAUCCCAAGGCGAAGGAGUCGUUAAAACAGCCAGCUGUCGAGUCGCCAUCGACGGCUCAGUCCAAGCCAUCCGAAGCAGAGCUACCCAAAACUGAUCAGCCGCUACAACCAACCAAACCUUUCCUCGCAGCGCCGUUAUUUGUAGACAUGAGCGACGCUGAUCAGAGGUUGAUGUUUUUUAAAGAGCUGGCGGCGAAACGAAAGGCUGCUGAAGCCGCAAAGGCUGAAAAGAAAAAGGAAAAAGCAGAAACUAAACCGCAAGCGGACUCAAAAAACCAGAAGCAAGAACCUCCGCAAAACGUAGCCUCGGCGCUCAGGGAAGCCUCGAUAUCUGAGGGUUUAAUAAAAAAUGCUGCAGCAGGAGAGCCAGAGUCAGCUUUGAAUAUCAGUGGAAAUACCAGCAGGAAGAACUCUUUGGUUAGCAGCGAUAUUAAUACCUCGAAUACUUUUACUAAGGAAAAAACCAAACCUUUUGAAUCAGAGAAAACAAAGUUUGACAAACGGUCGGCGUCAGAUCUCCCUGUUCCUGCAGAAUCGGCUGCAUCUCAGGGGAAACUUAAAGAACAAACCGAGUUUAGUAAAGAGUCUCCUUCACCGUCGCUCCCUCGAUCCAUGUCAUCUGAAGCAAAGCUCCCAGAAACCGAUCAGUCGGCAGAACCGACCAUACCUUCGCGAUUAUAUGGAGACGUAAACGAUCCGUAUCAGAGAUUUAUGUUUUUUAAACAAUUGGCAGCAAAACAAAAAGCUGACGAAGCCGCGAAAGACAGAUCAGAAAUAAAGCCACAAGUAGAUCCUAAAACUCUGGAAAGCGUCAACUCUUUGAUCUCUGAGGGUUUGUUAAAGACAAAGCCUGUUGUGGAGAGUUCAGAGAACAUCGUAUCCACAGAAAGACGCAAGUCUUUGGUUGAUAUCGAGUCCGGUUCAGAGAAAACUGAGUUAGACAAACAAUCUUUGGUGAGUCUCAAUCAAAUGACCUCACUAGAGCAAACAGAGUCUGCGACUUUUGUUAAAGAUUCACCGUCAUUCGCUCUAUCCAUGUCAUUCGAUCCUAAGCUACACACGAUCGAUCCGUUGGUAGAACCAACCAAACCGAUACACGUAGACGCGAGUAACCCAUACAGGCGGUUCUUGUGUUUUAAAGAGCUGGCAGGAAAACGAAAUGCUACAAAAGCAGACAAAGAGAAAGCAGAAGAGUCGUUGCUAAAUGUACAUUCAGAAACGAAAGCGCCUGAGUUGGACUCUUCAAACACCCAAACCAAAGUUUCAGAGAACACGGUGUCGGACGACCGUUCUGUUUCUGCAGKAACAGAUGCAUCUCAGAUCAAAUCAUUGGAACAAACCGUGUCGGAUUCUCCCGUUAAACGUCCUCCGUUUUUGGCUCGAUCCAAGUCAACCGAAGCGGCGCUACCCAAAACUGACCGAUUAGUACCCCCAACCAAACCUUUGCCAGCUACGUCCUUCAAAGACAUGAGCGAUACCGAGAGUAGGUUCACGUAUUUCAAAGAGUUGGCGGCGAAACGAAAGGCAGCUCUAGCUGAAAAGGAAAGGAAAAAGGCGGAGAUGAAACAAGUUGACCUUAAAGUCGGUUCGGUUUUAUUAGAGGAUCCGAAUGAGGCUUCAAACACGAAUGAUUUAAUAUCUGAGGUAAAGAGUUUGGGUACGACGGUGUCUACAGAAACAUCGGAGUCAGUUGCGUCUUUAGAUGAAAAGACUACUACAACAGACCGCCUCGUCGAGGUCGAGACCCCUCAAACCUGCAGAGACCAAGAAACCAAACUYUUUAUUUCAGAGGAAACRGACACAAAGUCGUUUGAGARUCCAAGAGUACAAGAAUCUGCUGCCCCCACUGAUGUUUCAWCUGGUACUGAUAAAACACAAAGCCUAACUCCAGAGUCUACCUCAGGSGGGUCCGUUUCAGACCCUCMUAGUUCAGUGGAAUCAUCAUCUUUGGAAACUAAAACCACCUCUCUUCUGCCGUCUGAGCAAAACACUGGAUCAGAACUAAACACGUCUGAUAAACCUCUGCGGGAUUCUGGGUCUGAGAACAUUUAUCCCCCCACAGAAGACUCCUCAUCCUCUGACGUUAGACCAGAACUUUCUAACGUCGAUGAAACCAAAGUUCGGGAAACUUCACCAGAACCUGAUGCAGAAACUGGUUUAGAUUCUGUUCCCCAAUCGAGGUCCUCCCAGUCCCAGUCAGCUCAGGAAACUCCACAAAACCCUGAACCUGGUUUAGAUUCUGCUUUAUGUGAGAACCCGUCGGCACACGCCUCCUCGUUCGUAGGGUCAGACAUUCCUCCUGGUUCUGAGCCAGUCCCGCUUCACUCCUCCASCUCUGAGGAAUGUUCUGCUCCGGCUAAAGGAGCAGAAUUAGGAAAAGAGGGGUCUGCCGCAGAGGCUUCUGAAUCAUCUGAGGAUAUAAAAGCUGACGACACCUUUGGAUCAGAGCCAGGUUUACUCGUUGAGUCUGGAUUGGAAAGUUCCAGCUCCAAACCAGACGACAAYGAGAAAGUUCAUCUAAAGAUAGAGGACACACCGGCUCCGUCACACGAGUYUGAUGCACCCAGCCCUGCUGAAACGGCACCACCUGAGCCAGAACAAUCCGUUUUACCCCCUGAAGCUGAAAGAACAGAACCCGACGUGUCCGCUGUGRGUUUAAACACGGUUUUCAGUGAGACUCGAGCAGAAACGGAGGCGAYGGUGCCGUCUGUGAGCGGCCCAGCAGAGGCUGAUUUAACCGACAAAACCUCUGAAACGGACAAAACCUCUGACAGCCAAACCCUGGAGCCGGCAGAGCUCGGGUCGGUGGACACAGACGACAGAAAAUCUGAAAAUCCAGAGCACCAAAGCAAGAAAUCCGUAAUCUGUGACAAAAUAAACCAAAACGACUCGGAGCCGACCGACGCCAAGCAGGCCAAACCCAAUCCRUCCCGCUACCACUCCUCCACGGCCAACGUGCUCUCGAGCAGCAACCUCCGCGACGACACCAAGCUGCUCCUCGGGAAGAUCUCCGCCAACUGCCAGAGCAGGAACGAAACCAACCGGGAGCCCCCCGUAACGGACGACGAGAAGGAGGACAAGAACGCCAAGAACGAGAAAGACGGCAGGCUCAGGACGUCGAACAGGGGACAGGCUAAACCSAACCCUGAGAGAGAGAAAGUUCUGGAGAAGUUCGACAGCAUGAGGAAGGAGAAGAGAGUUUAUAGUCGUUUUAUGUUUUAGGCGUGAAAGUAUUACCCAGUUUGAGUUUACAGAAACAAUCGUUUGGAUUCAGAAAAGUCAAGAAAGAAACYGUGGAUGUUGUGUACUGAAACCUGAGACUGUUUUUUUGCUGAGAAAUUUCCUUUUUUAAUUCACAAAGUAAAUGAUUUCUGUUUGCAUCACAUUUAAAAUCCAUAAAAAGCACACGGCUCGGCGUGUUUUUACCGACUGCGUGGGGUAAAGUGCAAUCUGUGCAGCGGCUUGUUUGUGUGUUACUGUGACCUCGAGCUCAGCUGAUGGAACCAGACUUUGUAAAAUUGUACUUUACUGUAGUUUGUAUCAUAAUGUGCUGCAUCAAAAAAGAAAAAAAAGCUUGUUUUAUACAUUUAUUUGUUAAACAAAUACACGCUUGAGUUAUGAAAUACAUUUUAAAAUCUUUGAACAGAAAUACGACGAACAAACUUGAGAUUGAGAGAAGUUUUCAUCCUGAACUGAUGUAAAAAUGCUGUUUUGAGUCGGUUUUAGCUGAAUCUGGUUGUGUUUCAGGGUCAAACUCCAAAUCACAUAUUAGGUUGUUUUCUUUUCUCUUGCACAUAAAAAGCCAAGAAUUGUGCUGAAAGUCAGUUUACCGUGACUCUUUUGCUGAUACUUAUCAACUGAAAAUAAAAUUUCAUAAAUAUU